AUGCAUCAGAAAGUUGGUUCUAUGGCUUCCUUAGAAGAUAAACAUGGUGCAAAAACUGUGCAAGUUCAAACAACUGGAAAUGAUAAAAACCAUUUUACAUGUGCCCUUACAAUUCUUGCAGAUGAUACAAAACUGCCACCAAUUGUUAUUUUCAAAGAAUUUACCUUCUCAAAUCAUGGUACUAAUGCACCCAAAAGGGUAGCUUGGCUUGAUAAGAUUCUGGAGGUUUGGGAUGAAAUUCCAAAAGAAAUGAUUGUGAAAUUGUUUAAAAAUUGUGGUAUUAGUGAUAAUUCAGUUGAUGAAUUAGAUGAAUUAGAAAAGGAGUCUGUAAAUAAUUUUGCUAUUUUGACCAAUAAAAAUGUUUUCACUUGA